GUAACUAGAGAAAAAAAAGAAUUGCAGGUUUUGUAAUAUGCAAGUCUUUUUUUUUUAUUAUCUUUCCUAGUGACUCAGUACAUAGAAAGUGUCUCACAUUCUAAGUUGUAUAUAUGCAAAAAUCAGGUCAGAAUUCUUGGAUGAAUUACGAUUUUAUAUAUAUAUAUAACAAAUAUAUUCAAUUUGUAAUUUCUUCACUAAAUUUAUUCUCUCAUUGUCCAUCGAACUGAAAGGACUAUUUAGAAAGAAAUAGGAAAAAAAAAAUUUUUUUUGAACUGAAUUUUUCUAUUAAAUUAUAAUUUGGGAUUGAAAGCAAAAAAAAAAAAAAAAGAAGGGAGAAGGGUUGUGCGUUCAAUAUAUAUUUAUUGAGUAAGGCCACGCGCACACAGUGAAAGUGUAACAUAAACCCCAUCUGCAUUCUACAUAAUAGUCAUUAUUUGGGAUGUCAGGGUUAUGGCAAAAGUGAAGAGAGGUGAGCUUCAGUGAAUUUAGGAAGGAGGGAAUCAUACAAUCAUUCCGUUUUUUUCAAAGAUUCCAUAUAAACUUCAGAGGCAGUUCACCUCCAGCAUCUUCCAUGAAAGGAAUCACUUCACUUCCACGUGCGUGUAGUGCAAAAUUAAUGUGAAAAAUUGUGACUUUAAAUGAGAUUUUUUUUUUAAUUUUGUGACAAUUGUAUGACUUCAAAAAAGUUUCUAAUAAUUUGAAAAAAAAUUUUUCCUGGACAAAAAGAAGAAAUUGUAGGAGAAAAAGAAAUUUAUUUUUUUUAUUAUUUCUUCGCAGAACCGAUAAAUAGAGAAUGAGUUGCGGUGUGAUAACAAAAUUUAAUGGAUUUACCGAAGAGUCAUUAAGAUUUUUAAAUGUGAAAAUUCGAUGACAUCGAUAAUAUGAGGGAUGUGCUGUGAUUGUGUUCAAUGUGUCAAACGCAAAGAACUGUGGCAAUCGGGCGUGAUUGCGAACAGGUGCGUUUAAUACGAAAAUCCAUUAUUGGAUGGAGUCAACGUGUCAUUUCGCUAAUUUUCACGAUCAUCAUUUUUCUCGGCGUAAUUCAAGUUACAGGUGGUGAUUAUCAGCAAGAACUGAAUAAAAAUGCAACCUGGGAAAAGGAGGAUCUCUAUUUAGGAUUCAGUGGAUUAUUAAUAAAUAAGAGGAAAACUAGACUUUCUGAUUCCCUUUUGGAUACAAACUCUAUAAAAGUUUCGUCAAACUCUCCAAACAAAGAGCAAAGACGAUUCAAAAGAGGAGUCAUUCAUUUGUAUAAUAUGAUCGUAUGUGCCAAUGGCUGUAAUCCUUUAUCCUACAAAGGAUAUGGUUGUUAUUGUGGAUUUUUAGGCUCUGGCUUCAUUACCGAUGGCAUCGACCGAUGUUGUAUGAUGCACGAUCGAUGUUACGACGCUACUGAAUGCCCAAUGUUCCUGCAAUAUUUAGUGCCUUACUAUUGGAAGUGCUUCCGAGGUCGAAAACCAAUUUGUGCUGUGGAACACGGAAAAUGGGGAGGAUCAGGAUCGUGCGCUCAACGAUUAUGCGAAUGUGAUCGAGAUUUUGCUGAAUGUUUAUCAAAUUAUCCUUGUCCAACGAAAAAAGCCGUUUGCACUUCAUCGCCGUGGCGUCUCGUUCAAAAUUUAUUUAUGAUUUAUUGAUUAUUAUUAUUUUUUUUUGCCUUUAUUCUUUUGUGAAAAAUACACAGUUACCAUAUUAAUAAGCCUAUAUAGAAAAUUUGUGUAAAAAAAAAAAUGAGAAUUAUUUAUAAUAAAUCUUGUUGUAUAUUUUUGA